AUGGCGUGGGAUCACCUCUCAAUCACGAAGCCGCACUUGGUGUACAUCAUCUUGGGCGGCUUCACCACACUUUUCAUGCUGUGCUCCUCUAUCAUCAAGGAGAAGAUGUACAUUGGUGAAGCUACCGUUGCCACCAUCUGUGGUAUUAUCUUUGGCCCCCACGCCGCCAAUCUGAUCGACCCGAAAAGUUGGGGAAAUGUCGACUUGGUUACCAUCGAAUUCUCCCGCAUUGUUCUCGUCGUCCAAUGUUUCGCCGUCGGUGUCGAAUUGCCAAAGUUCUACAUGGAGAAGCACUGGAGAUCCGUCACUCUUCUGCUGAUCCCCGUCAUGAUGUUUGGCUGGCUCAUUGUGAGUCUCUUCAUCUGGUGGCUCAUUGACCCGUUAUCUUGGCUCGAGAGUUUGGUCAUUGCCGCCUGUGUCACUGCUACCGAUCCUGUCUUGGCCUCUUCCGUCGUCGGUAAGGGCAAAUUCGCCAAGCGAGUUCCCAAGCAUUUGCGAGAUCUUUUGUCGGCAGAGUCCGGCUGCAACGACGGCAUGGCCUUCCCUUUCGUCUACCUCGGAAUCUACCUGAUCCAGGAGCACAUGGAUGCCCGGAAAACGACAUUUCACUGGAUUGUCUACACGAUUCUCUAUGAGUGCAUCUUUGGCGCCAUUUUCGGCUUCCUCGUUGGCUACAUCGCACGUCACGGCAUCAAGUUUGCAGAGGAGCGCGAUCUGAUUGAUCGGGAGAGUUUCCUGGUCUUCUACUUCGUGCUCGCUUUGUUCUGUGCCGGUGCUGGUAGUCUGCUCGGUAUGGACGAUCUACUAGUCGGCUUCGCUGCCGGUGUAGGUUUCUCAAACGACGGUUGGUUCUCCUCAAAGACGGAAGAAUCUCACGUGUCCAACGUCAUCGAUUUAUUGAUCAAUUUGGCAUAUUUCGUCUUCCUCGGAACCAUCAUCCCCUGGGAACAGUACAACAACGUCGCUGAGGGUAUCACCCCCUGGCGCUUGGUUGUAAUCGCCAUUUUCGUCAUCUUGUUCCGACGCAUUCCCGCCAUGCUUAUCUUGAAGCCAUUCAUACCGGACAUCAAAACUUGGCGUGAGGCAGUUUUCGCUGGUCACUUUGGUCCCAUCGGCGUCGGUGCCAUUUUCGUCGCCAUUCUAGCUCGCGCUGAGUUGCAGUGGGAGACGCCCGUGCCGCUUUCCGACACCCCGCCGGAAGAUAUUGAACACAGAACACUCGUUGCGGUCAUCUGGCCCAUCGUGACAUUCCUAGUCAUUUCGUCCAUCAUUGUUCAUGGCUCAUCCGUUGCCGUGUUUACUCUCGGCAAGCGCAUCAACACGUUGACAAUCACCAUGUCCUACACCACCGCCCCCGAAGACGGCCCUACCUGGAUGAACCGCCUGCCGAGAAUCUCGUCGCAAUCUCGAUCGCAAGCCCGAACCAUGUCCGACACCGAAGGAGAAGAGCUCAAGAUGCCCGAGUUCCCGCCCGGCACUCUACCCCCAGUAGGCUUCCCUGGCGCUUUCUUGAGACGUCAAAAAGACGAAGACGGAACGAAGUCUCGCGCUCGAUCAACCUCAAGGAAACGCAGCAGCAAGAAGAACAAGUGGGACGAUGGCAUCGGGCCCGGCGGACCUGUUUCUCAAUCCGCCAUCUUCCCCACUAAACGCGAGCCGCUCCUCAACGAGAAGGACCCUCAAUCACCCGACGCCGAAGGCACUACGACCCCUAGGCGCGAUUCUGAAAGAGGUCGCGCGAGGGACCCGGAGAAGGACGACGACGAGAUCACACCAUCCCCCGAUGAGGGAUCUAGCAGAACGCAAACGCCACCCAAGAUUUCCAUCUACGAGGAAGGAGACAACUUGGUGGUCGAGAAUGAGGAUGGAGACGUGCUGACUGUCGAGCGCUCUGAAAGUAGAGCAGAGGCAGUUGCGGAUGCUGAAGCUCAUCAUCGCGUACCAGUCGAAACCGACAUGUCGGCUAUUGCGGCUGCCCAUUCAAAGCAAGGUGAAAAGUUCAACUGGACCCUGGAUUCGUUCAAAAAGAAGGUCGGGGAUGUGUACACGUCAGAAGUGGAGAAGCGCAAGGAGAAGAGCAAAGCCGAUAGACGGCAUGAGCCAGCUCGAGCCUUCCAGUUCGGCAAUACCAUUAUUGUCGAAGAUGAAGAUGGAGAAGUUAUCAAGACUUACGAAUUGCCAUCGUCAAAGGCUCCCAAGGAACCUGGAACAGGCCUAACCCAGCAAAGUCUUAAGUACCUUGGCAUGGGAGGUCUUCUAAAAGCAUCGGAGAAGCCUGCGGCUGAAGACGAAAACAACGGAGAGUCAAGCGCCGACGGCACGGCGAAGACACCUGCAAAGUCAGGAUGGCAGAAAUACCUGGGCGGAGGUGCCGGCAACGCGAAGAACGCUGCAGAAGGUCAAAAGGAGGAUGACCGACACAUCAGAUUUACGAUUGGUGGAGUUGGCCAGCGCAUGACAAAGGAGGACUUCAUUCGUGAAGUUCAAAAGCUCGACGACAAGACCCGGCGACAGGUUGUGGACCAGUCCACUGCUUCUCAGCGCGUAAAGUCAAUUGCAAAGGGAGAUAUUCCUUCGCCGGCUGACAGACAUGCCAACAUUCCGACCAUCAAGAUUGGAAGCGAUUCCAACGAGAAACGUUCUGGCUCUUUCACGCCUCAGCGGGUGAACACGGCGCCAGCCUUGCCACCGGCACCCGCGCAACAAGCAGACGCCGAGGGUGACGAGGAGACGGCUGCUGAGAAGAAGCGCAGACUGGCGGUUCUGUCGAACCAGAGCGAGGAGGAUUUGGACAGCGGAGAGACGCCUGCUGAGAGACGCCGUAGGGAGGCUGCGCUCGGCUCAAAUCAGGAUGAUGAUUCAGAUGACGAAGGUGGAGAGAGAGUUCCCCCGACGAGGAGAGGCAUCCGAUUUGCAGAGAGCACGGUGCCGAGAGGACGCAAGUAG